AUAUAUGCAGUUACGUUAAGAUCUAUUAUUAUCUAAUAUGGGUGCCAAUGCGUUUUGAAUAUCUGGAUAACGAAGACAAUCAUCUAAUCAAUCAUGGCUGCUGUAACGAUCUUUUCGCUAUGUCUCUUGAUCAGCAUUGUCUAUGGCUUUAAUGGCGACAGCUUCGAGCUGGAGUGUCCUGACGAGUGCGACUGUCACUACUUCAGAAUCAACUGGGUCACCGACUGUUCUGAGAGUAACCUUACUGAGGUUCCCUAUGAUGAGCUGAGCAUGAGCGUUUACAUUCUGGAUCUCAACGGUAACAACAUAACAGCUCUGCUGACCUUCCCCCAUGACAUCAAGAUGAGGAGAUUACAGGUCGCGAACAACAGACUCACCAGGGUCGAGAAAAAUUCAUUCAAAGGACUCGAAUAUCUCAUAGAUGUCGAUCUAUCCGGAAACAAUAUCACAUACGUUGAUCCUGAGGCGUUCUUAGAUUCGCGGGGGCUUCUCAACGUGGAACUACAAGAUAACCCGAUCACGACUGUGGAUGGACCGUUCCUGAUAUCCAGCACUUUGCAGUACCUCGACAUCAGUUCCUGCAAUCUUUCCGUUAUCAACACGCAAUUCUUCGACAACAUCACAUCUUUAACAACAGUGGAUCUCUCUAGUAAUCCUCUGCGUAACUUGGAUGCCGGUGUUUUCGAUGUCUUAACAAGUCUAGACAACUUAAAUCUAAACGAUUGUCAACUCACAACAAUAAGCGAAGGCGCAUUUUCUUCUUUAACAAACCUUAAGAGGUUAGAGCUCGCCGGUAAUUUCUUAACAAACACCAACUGGUCGGAAGUGCUAGGUAAUCUUAUUAGACUGGAAUAUCUCAAUUUGAGAAAGUCGGGUAUUACUUCUUUGACCGAAGACACGUUUUCAAACUGCACAAAUUUGGUCACGCUGAUCUUAGCAGAUAAUGAACUGCGAGAUUUAGACGUUGCAGCUAUUUUGGGUAAGAGCGUUACCCACAUGGAGUUAUUAGAUCUAUCCAACUGUCACAUUAAAGGUCCAAUUUCUGGUGAAGCCUUUGCAAACGCGACUAAUUUAAAAGUUCUAUAUCUUUCUGGUAAUCCACUGUUCGCACCAGAUUUACAAGAAGCCCUCGCACCUCUCCCCAAAUUGGAAAGGCUUUUCUUAAGCAAUUGUGGUUUACAUAAUCUUCCAGAUAACUUUAACGUUUUUGACAACCUGCUAGAAUUGGAUAUUUCGCAUAAUCCUCUCGUCAACGUAUUUACUAAAUUACUAGCUCCUUUGGAGAAACUCGAAUAUUUAAAUAUGGGCUACAGUAAUUUAUCUUACAUAGGACCAGACUCUUUUGCAAAGAUGACAUCUAUGAAGCGUCUUAUUCUUUCUGGCAAUGAUCUACUAUCUCUAGAAGCGGGUCUCUUUGGAAAUUUAACGCAGUUGACAACAUUAGAACUAGAAUUCUGUGGACUUAAACGGCCCCUUAACGCAAACGCAUUCUUUAAAAAUCUCACUUAUAUGGAUUUGAGAGAGAUCCGGCUGAGUGGAAACCCGCUUGUUAUUCCUGAAUCUGGACCUCUGUUCCCGAAGCAAUUGUCUCAAGUUUCAAUACUCGAUCUAAGCAAUUGCAACAUUUUAUCUUUAAACAGAGAUGCUUUCAAAAACACCGAGAACAUUACUGACCUAAACUUAGCAGGUAAUCAUAUUAAAUCUGGCGAAAACAGUCUGUCUUUCUUGGAACGUAUUCAUCACGUGGAAAAAAUUAACUUGAGCAACAAUAAUUUGACAACGAUAGAACCUGAAGUAUUCAUAAACAAUCCUAAAUUACGAUCACUUAAUCUGCUCGGUAAUCCUUUCUUAUGUAACUGCAAAAUAGCUGAAAUGUGGGACUGGGCGAACAUGAUAAAGGGAGAUCUGGAUAUGUUGGUCGGUGCUAAAAGUGCUGAAAAAGACAUCGUUGUAAAAGGGAACAAAAAGAAAAAGAAUUUGUACUGCCAUUAUAACGAGACUCAGCUCCGCAAUUUGACGCUAACGAUUAAUAAAUCAGUACCGGGACGAAGACCUUUCGUAAAACCUAGAGAGCUCACAUACGCCUAUAGAACGUGGGCGAAAUAUGUGAGAGAGUCGGGCUGUGAACCAGUGGUGAAAAUUCUAAGACCCGUCGCUUUAGUAGCCGAUUUGUUUGAUGUCAACAGCGGACAUAUAUCCUCAACAGCUUUAGUUCUUGCUGUUCUCGCGUUAAUUUUAGGCAUGUCCACCUUAGUUAUGACGAUGAGAUUGUUCCGGAAAAAAGCGCACAUAAUCAUAGAUACAGAACAAAGAAAAUUGAGAUAAACAAUAUGAAGACAAAAGAUGUACCUAGUUAUUUUGAAUUUUAUAAUAUUAAUUUAAUUACAAACACUAUUUUUGUACGUAUUUAUACUAAACAU